AUUCAGCUAUACCCACUCCACCUGCACAUACUUCAAACCUCAUUCCUCCCCAUAUAAGCACACAACACAUCCAAAUCCCAAGUCCCUGCUAAUGAAAUCCAUUACAGUGGCUCCUACCACAAUCCACAACAUGGAAAUGUUCAUAUACUGGCAAAUGCCCGGCCUGGCUUGGCUUCUCUUCACCAUCUUCCUCACUGUUAGUCCAUCAACCUCAACCCGGAUUCUGAACCACCAACCACCCCCACCCCACGGCGGCGGCGAUGGAGCAAUCACCUUCUUCAUGAACGACGUCCUGGGGAGCAGGCACCAGUCCUCAUGGCCAUCGACCGGUGCCGGAGCUCCACUUCCUAUCGCAAAGCCCAUAGGUGGCAGGCCUCGGACCCACCCAACCGCUGUCUUCACGGGCCACACUGGGCUCCCCAACAAAAGCUGGUCGCCAUUUCUAACGUGCUUAGAGUCGGGAACGGUAACUAUGAUUGAUGAGAAAUUAAGAGGCAGCGUCGCACUUGGGCCACAGACAGCGGGGAAGGUGCAGGGGAUGUACGUGACAAGCUCGGGGGAUAACAGCAGCCACAUGGUGGCGAUGAAGGCCACAUUCGAGGGCGGCAGGUCGGAUGACAGCUUGAGAUUCUUUGGGGUCCACCACCUGGGCCUGUCGGAGUCUCACAUCGCGGUUGUCGGUGGCACCGGCAGAUAUCACGGGGCAAAUGGGUUUGCCGCGGUAAAGACCACUGGUGGACGGGAGAACGCGAACAGGGUCCUCUCAGUUACUGUGUAUCUCAAGUAA